CUUCUGUGCCCCGCCUUGCGGGUGGUUUGCUAGUUUCGAGCACUUUGUGAGUAUGGGGUGAGUAGCGGACGCCAGUUGGGCGUCCGCCUUCCACUGUGGGGUUAAAUCUCAUCCCGCGGCUCUCCUCCUGUCGGUCCUGCAGUUCUUUUGUCCCCUGGUGGAGGAAUCUUCUGCAGAAAUAGCGCUGGAAGCUAGAGUGAGGCCUGAGUACUGCCUUGGCCCAGGAUGGCUAGAGAAUUAAGUGAAAGCACAGCCCUGGAUGCCCAGCCUACAGAAGACAAGAUGGAGCUUCUGGUCAUAAAGGUGGAGGAAGAAGAGGCCGGUUUUCCCAGUAGCCCAGAUCUGGGCUCUGAGGGCUCCCGCGAGCGCUUCCGAGGCUUCCGCUACCCGGAGGCUGCAGGUCCCCGCGAGGCGCUGAGCCGGCUCCGAGAGCUCUGCCGACAGUGGCUGCAGCCUGAGAUGCACAGCAAGGAGCAGAUCCUGGAGCUGCUGGUGCUGGAGCAGUUCCUGACCAUCCUGCCUGGGAAACUGCAGAGCUGGGUGCGGGAGCAGCAUCCAGAGAGCGGGGAGGAGGUGGUGGUGCUGUUGGAGUAUUUGGAGAGGCAACUGGAUGAGCCGGCGCCGCAGGUUUCAGGUGUUGACCAGGGGCAAGAACUGCUCUGUUGCAAGAUGGCAUUGUUGACACCAGCCCCAGAGUCACAAAGUAGCCAAUUUCAGCUAAUGAAGGCUCUGCUCAAGCAUGAAUCUCUGGGAUGCCAGCCUUUACAAGACAGAGUUCUCCAGGUCCCUGUGCUUGCCCAUGGAGGGUGCUGCAGAGAAGAUACAGUGGUAGCUUCUAGGCUUACUCCAGAGUCCCAGGGGUUGUUGAAAGUGGAAGAUGUGGCCUUGACCGUCACCCCUGAAUGGACACAGCAGGAUUCAUCUCAGGGGAAUCUCUGUAGAGAUGAAAAGCAGGAGAACCAUGGCAGCCUGGUCUCCCUGGAGAUGGGGUUUCACCAUGUUGACCAGGCUGGUUUUGAACUCCUGACCUCAAGUGAUCUGCCAGCCUCAGCCUCCCAAUCGCUGUUUCUCAAAGGUGGUGAAAAACAGACUAAGGGCAGGGACUUGCCUCCAGCUGAGAAGCUUCAAGAAAAGGAGCAUGGGAAGAUAUUGUGCCACCUGAGGGAAGACAUUGUCCAGAUUCCUACAUGUGCAGAAGCUGGUGAACAGGAGGGCAGGUUACAAAGAAAGCAGAAAAAUGCCACAGGAGGGAGGCGGCACAUCUGCCAUGAAUGUGGAAAGAGUUUUGCUCAAAGCUCAGGCCUGAGUAAACACAGGAGAAUCCACACUGGUGAGAAACCCUACGAAUGUGAGGAGUGUGGCAAGGCCUUCAUUGGGAGCUCUGCCCUCGUCAUUCAUCAGAGAGUCCACACUGGUGAGAAGCCAUAUGAGUGUGAAGAAUGUGGUAAGGCCUUCAGUCACAGCUCAGACCUUAUCAAGCACCAGAGAACCCACACUGGGGAGAAGCCCUAUGAGUGUGAUGACUGUGGGAAGACCUUCAGCCAGAGCUGCAGCCUCCUUGAACAUCACAGAAUCCACACUGGGGAGAAGCCGUAUCAGUGCAGUAUGUGUGGCAAAGCCUUUAGGCGAAGUUCACAUCUCCUGAGACAUCAGAGGAUCCAUACUGGGGAUAAAAAUGUUCAGGAACCUGAGCAGGGAGAGGCCUGGAAAAGUAGGACGGAAAGCCAGUUGGAAAAUGUUGAAACUCCCAUGUCUUAUAAAUGUAAUGAGUGUGAAAGAAGUUUCACUCAGAAUACAGGCCUCAUUGAACAUCAAAAAAUCCACACUGGUGAGAAACCCUAUCAGUGUAAUGCAUGUGGAAAAGCCUUCACCCGAGUUUCAUACCUUGUUCAACAUCAGAGAAGCCACGUAGGGAGAAACAUCCUAUCACAGUGACCCAUGCUAUACAUGCCAGAGUUGGUGCUCAUUUGUCACUGAUCUGAAGCCACUCCCCCUGGAGUCUCGACUAUAGGAAUUGUGGGCUGGGCUUUAUUUACCACUACACAUUAUCAGGUGUUAGAAAAUAUAGACUGGGUUAGACAAAUUAUCUUCCAAGUUCUAGAAGGUGUUUGGAAUCAAAACAUAUUUGAUAGGAGGCUAUGGGAGAGUUGUCUAGAAUAGGUAAGACCUGAAAUGGUUUGUUCUCUCCCAUUGGAAUUAAAUGGAUGUUUAGACUGGCUACUUGCCCUAAACCAGCACUUUGUGGUGUCUGUUGGGUGGAUGGUUGUGAUUUGGGGGCUGCUUCUCUGACCAUUCCUUUGGACUGUAAUGAAUCCUCCACAGUUGGUCAGAUUCACAAAGUCUUAUAUCCCCCUCUGUGCCUUUUCCACAGGUGCUAAUAAAUGUUUAUUGAAUGUA